AUGGCGGCUAAUUCUGAGCCACCGCCAAACGACGGCGAAGACAAGAAAGCUCCGGUGAGCGUCGGGAAAGUUCCGGAAAGUAUCGAGAAUAUUCCGGAGAAUCGCUUUUCCUUGGAGGACACAGAAGGUGAAGCGAAUCAGAAAAGGAGGCGCGGUAGAAAGAAGGUUGAAAAGAAGGAUAAGGAAGCUAGGGAUUCGGCAAUGGAGAUCGUCGGGGGCGAAGGAGUAGUUGGGAAGAAAAAACGCGGUAGAAAGCCGAAAAAUUCGAAACCUUUGGCUCAGAAAGGUCCGGGAAGUAAGAAGGCGAAGCUUGUUGUGGAAGGUGAUAAGGAGAAUGGAGAAGAGGUGAAGGAGUCUGAGGAAUUUAGGGUUUCGGAGAUGGAGGGAGUUGUGGAAGAGAAUGUUGUUGGUGAUGGAGUUGAGAAGAAGAAACGUGGAAGGAAGAAGAAGGUCGCGAAGGGAUCGGAAGUUUUGGUGGAGGAUGUUUCGGAAAAGGCGAAAGAAGUUGUAGAAAAUGGUCGGGAUAAGGAAAGUUCAGAACAUUCGGCCAAGAAUGAAGGGGAAAAUGUGAAUGUUGUUGUGGAGGAUGUUCUGGAGAAUGGAGAAAAUGUCAAGAAUGCUCAGGAACUUGGUGAUUUUGAAAUGGCGAAUGCUGUUGAAGAUGGUGGAAAUGGAGUUCAGAAGAAAAAACGUGGACGCAAGGGUAGGAAAAAGGAGGUUUUGGGGGAAAGUUCGGAGAUUUCUGUCGAGAAAGAAAAGGCGAAGGUUUUGAAGGAAAGUUCAGAAAUUUCAGUUGAGGAAGAUGGAGAAAAGGCAAAGCUUGUUUUAGAAGGUGAUCAGGAGAAUGAGUUGGUUAAGAGGGAGGAAGGUGAAAGGGGUCUUAGUGGUUUGGUUGAAGAGAGUCGGGAUUUUCUUUUAAAAAAUCGUCUGAGGAGCAGAAAUACAAAGGUCGUGUAUAGAGAGGAUGUGCUUUUCGGAUUUGAUGACGGUAAUGAGAACGAUAAGAGGGUUUCGGGAAGGAAGCGAGGGAGAAAGUGUCGUACGAAGACGAAAGAUACUGAGGAUAAGAAGAUAGCCAUUGAAGAAGACCAAGAAAAAGACGUCGGAUGUGUUUUGACUACAAAACGUGGCCGAAAGGGUAGAGGAAAGGCUAAAAGUAAGGGGAAUUUGGACAAUGACCAAAAGGGCGUGGAGUUAUCUGACGAUUAUAAAGGUUAUUCACUGAGGCGUGUAAAUCUCCUAGUGCAAGAGAAGCCAAAAUUAAAUCAAUCAGACCCAAAAUUUGCUGGAGGGGUUUCCUUAAUGUGCCACCAAUGUCAAAGGAAUGACAAAGGCCGGGUUGUUAGGUGCAAAAGUUGUAAGAGAAAGCGGUUCUGUGUUCCUUGCAUAGAAAAGUGGUAUCCAAAUACACCUAAAAAGGACAUUGCCGAGACUUGUCCUGUAUGCCGUGGAAAUUGCAAUUGCAAAGCAUGCUUGCGUUUAGAUGCACCAAUAACAAAGAUUGAGAACCUGGAAUUAAAUAUAAGCAAAGACGAAGAAAUUGAACACUCAAGGUAUUUGCUUCAAGGGCUUCUUCCAUUUUUGAAAAAAUUAAAUGAGGAACAAGAAAUUGAAAGUGAGAUGGAGGCCAAGAGACAAGGGGUUUCUUUGUCGGAGCUAAAGAUACAAAAGUCACAUUGCUUUAAAGAUGAGCGUAUUUAUUGCAACAACUGCAAAACUGGUAUUGUUGAUUUUCACAGAAGUUGUCCUCUAUGUUCAUAUGACCUUUGCCUCAGUUGUUGCCGGGAGAUUCGAGACGGACACCUGCAGGGAGGUGGGGAGGAUGUUAUUAUGCCAUUCAUUAACCAAGGCUUCCAGUAUUUGCAUGGUGGCGAGAGCAAAGAGAAAGCUCCUUCUAAGAAUAAGCGCCGUAAGAAAGUUGACCAAGAAGAAGCUCGUUCCACCAGUAGUUGUAAUGUCAGUGUUAUUCCAAUUUCAGAGUGGAAAGCAAAUGAAGAUGGAAGCAUUCCUUGCCCCCCAAAGGACUUGCAGGGCUGCAGUGGUGUGCUUCUGGAAUUGAGGAGCCUGUUUCCUGAAAAUUUUGUCUCUGAGUUGGUAAAGAAAGCAGAAGAACUAGCAGAUGUUUAUAAACUCAUCGAUACAUCUGAAACUUCUAUACGUCAGUGUUCGUGUCUCAAUGCUACGGAUGCGAGUGAGUUGAGUAGCAACGCGCUAAGGAAAGCUGCUAAUCGAGAAGAUUCUGAUGACAACUAUUUGUACUGUCCAAAGGCUAGCAAAAUCCAACAUGAGGAUUUGAAGCAUUUUCAGUGGCAUUGGAUGAGAGGUGAACCAGUAAUUGUUGAUAAUGUGCUUGAAACUACAUCAGGUUUAAGUUGGGAACCAUUUGUCAUGUGGCGUGCUUGUCGUCAAUUGCGUCAUGUCAAGCAUGAUAGACAUUUGGAAGUCAAGGCCAUUGAUUGCUUGGAUUUGUGUGAGGUUGACAUUAAUAUCCAUCAGUUCUUCACUGGAUAUUUGGAAGGGCGUUUUGAUUUAAAACUGUGGCCUCAGAUACUUAAACUGAAAGAUUGGCCCCCGUCUAAUUUAUUUGGGGAGCGUUUGCCUCGUCAUAAUGCUGAAUUCAUCUCUUGCUUGCCAUUUAAGGAAUAUACGAAUCCUCUUAAUGGAAUUUUAAACCUCUUUGUCAAAUUGCCCAAGGAAUCUUUAAAGCCGGACAUGGGGCCCAAGACAUAUAUUGCUUAUGGUGUUCAGCAGCAGGAGCUUGGACGUGGAGAUUCUGUAACCAAACUUCAUUGUGACAUGUCUGAUGCAGUAAACGUUCUGACUCAUACUGCUGAAGUGAAAUUUACACCUGAACAGCUUGCUACCAUAGAAGACCUGAAAAAGAAGCAUAGUGAGCAAGACCAAAGAGAAAUUUUCGGAGGUCGUGUGGCUAGUGAUUGUGAGUGGAAGGAUAAAGAGUUUUCACAGCUAAACUCCCGAAAGAGUCAGGAGGAAAAAUUGGGUAAAGAUGAAGGUUGUGGUAAUAUUGAUCAGUCACUAAAUUCUGGAAAUACGUUGGAAGGCUUGGAAGAAGCUGAGGGUGGUGCUCUAUGGGACAUAUUCCGGAGAGAGGAUGUUCCCAAGCUGCAGGAGUAUCUGAAAAAGCAUUUCAGAGAAUUUAGGCACAUUUACUGCUGUCAAGUACAACAGGUUAUUCACCCAGUUCAUGACCAGACAAUGUAUUUGACUAUGGACCACAAGAGGAAGCUUAAGGAGGAAUAUGGGAUUGAACCGUGGUCCUUUAUCCAAAAACUUGGAGAUGCUGUCUUCAUACCUGCUGGCUGCCCUCAUCAAGUUAGAAACUUGAAGUCCUGCAUAAAGGUCGCACUUGACUUUGUCUCACCCGAAAAUGUUGAUGAGUGUGUCCGGUUGACGGAAGAAUUCCGAACGCUCCCCUCCAGUCACAGGGCUAAGGAGGACAAAUUGGAGGUGAAGAAGAUGGCCCUUUAUGCAAUGAAGGAAGUUGUGGAAACUUUGGAUCCAAAAGAAAGGUCUAAGAGAAAGCGAAAUCAGGGAAAGGGAAAUGAGGGAAUGGGAAAGAAGGGAAAGGGAAAGAAGGGAAAGGGAAAGUUUAAGAAGACCGAGCCCUAACUAUAUUCAACCUGAGCAAUUACCAUACUUUUGACCGGGUACUCGUUUUUUUGGCGUGGUGUAUAUCCUUUCUUAAAAAACUAUCGAGUACUCUUUUCUUGGCCUGGUGUAUAUCCUUUCUUAAAAAACUAUCUUCUCUACUAACCUUGUGAAGCUGCUGCUCUCUGUUUUUGCCUAGUAGUCUGGAGAGUUUAUACAAUGAAAGGUUAACAUGGUAGUUAAGAACUUCCUUUUGUAGAAACACUUUG